GCGUCUGUCUCCUCACUCUCUCCCAGCUCCAGUGAGAACACUGGGUGAGAAACCAACAAUGACGAUGAGAAGAUAAAGUGGAUGAUGUCUCAGAGGACCAGAUCUGGAUCACUGGCUUGUAGUUUUACAGCUCAUAGGGAUUUUCUGUUCAGUCGUAUGAAAUCAGCGAAGAGCAGAGAAGUGAGCUGUGAUUAUUCACUGAACUCUGACCAAACCGUCCAGUCUCCACUCAGUGACUCACACAGCCUCACACAACUGCCUCCUUUACCAACUGCAAAAGCUACAACACAACCGAUGAUACCAAAGUCUACCACAGCAACUCCAUACCCCGUUCUCACGCCCCACAGUGAAACCACAACAGCCUCUCUAACAACCCACUCCAAACAUCAUGAUCACAUCCAAAAAGUGUCCACAAGAACUUUGCUCAUCAUACUGCUGUCAACCACCUGUGUCAGCAUCCUACUGGUUGGAGUGAUGAUGAUGAUCAUCUGUCUGUGCAGAUUUAUCAGAAAGCAGAGCACAGAGAGAUUAUUUAAAGUGGAUUCAAAGACUGACAAUCAAGGAGACAUGGUCACCAUAGUCAGUGCUCAGGACACAAGAGCUAACGGUGCCCCACAUUUCAGCUACUCAGUGAUCGACUCUGUGCCAACCCCUUCUCAGCCUUCAGGCCCCUGCAGAGAAACACAAGACUAUUCUGAAGACAGACAGGACGUCAUUUAUCAUUUUUACUGCAGCAUUGCUGACCAGUGACGGACUCUUAGCUCCACAGCCUGCAGCUGCUUCAGCACCACUGUGUCUUUAAACAAGCCAUGAACUCAGUAUGCCUUUAGGGGUCAUAGCUCUUUUGAAUAUGUUGUCAUUAAGGCUAAUAUUUUAAUCCUUAUAAAUAAAUAAACUUUC